AGUUCAUCUUCAGAUUAUGGUAUCUCUCAGGUCUGCUAGAAAAGGCCGUACUGUUUCUACCGGUGCAAAUAACAACGAUUCAGACUCAAAUCAAACGACUGCCGGCUCAUCUCAGAAUCCUAGGAAACGAAGCCUAUUUCCAAACGGUGGCGAAGCCACGCCGAAACCCAAACAGCCUAAAACUAGUAAUUCUCAGCCAGAAAUUACCUUUCCUCAUAAUGAAGAAGCAGGAAUAGGGCUGGCAUGCGGUCAAGGAGAUACAGGUCAAUUAGGCUUAGGCGAUUCAGUGACUGAACGAAAAAGAUUUCAGCCAGUUAAGAUGACAGAAAAAAUUGUUCAGAUUAUUUGUGGCGGUAUGCAUACAGUAUGUUUAACCCCAGCAGGCGAUGUGUACACAUUUGGCUGUAACGACGAAAGUGCUCUCGGCAGAAAAACUGAAGAGGAAGAAGAUACCUUUAUCCCGAUGAUUGUCGAGAUCCCGAACAUAACAAAAAUAGUUCAAAUAACAGCGGGAGAUAGUCAUUCUGCAGCCUUGGACGCCUCAGGCUCUGUGUACAUUUGGGGUAUUUUUCGAGACAGUCAAGGAACUCUUGGACUCUCGGCAGAUUUAAUGCAGCAUUGCAUUAGUCCUCUGAAGCUGUCAAAUAUCCCAGAGAUGGUGAAAAUAGCGAGUGGGUAUAAUCAUCUCGUGAUGUUAUCGUCUCUUGGAGAUGUGUACUCGGUCGGAGCCGCCGAGCAAGGCGAACUAGGCAGAGUUUCGAAGUACCAAAGUGUGAAAGGCGGACGACGUGGACUUUCUUCUGUAUUGGAACCUGGCAUGGUUUACUUUGUUGGCAAGCAAAAAACUGCAAACAUCUGGAGUUUUGGUUACAAUUCUUUUUUCCUGUCGUCAAAAAAUAUUCUCUUUGGAUGUGGUUUGAACAAUUUUGGACAAACUGGAACCCAGGUUAACAAUAACAAUGUCUUCGUACCGACAAAAGUGAAGGCUUUUGUUGGCAUGGAAAUUAAAGAAGUUGCUGGAGGUGAUCAUCAUACCUUAUUUUUGACUACUGAAGGUAACGUUUACGGAGCAGGGCGGGGAGAUUUAGGUAGACUUGGGAUUCAUCCAGAGCCGAAAGACCCGGAGUACGUUUCUGUUCCUCAGAAACUGGAUAUUGAAAACGUGAGAAGUAUAGCUGCCGGAUCUUGCGUGUCAUUUGCGGUUGCCCAAAGAGGGUAUCUCUACGCCUGGGGAGCUGGCACCAAUAAUCAGUUGGGUUUGGGUGACGAUGAAGAUUAUUUGAAACCUGAAAAAGUGUCUUCAAAGCAGUUAACUGACCGAAAAGUUAUUCAGGUUUCAGCAGGAGGCCAGCACUCGACAUGUUUAGUUGUUGACAGAAAUGAAGAGGAAGAAAGUACUGAAGUUUUUGAAGUGAAAACGGCAAGAGAAACUUCAAAUUUGAAAGAUACAAAACAUGUUUUGGGCAAACCAAGUUCGAAUACAGAACAAACAGAAGUAAAAUUUGUCCAUAUAAAUGGAGACGGCGAUGUCUGUAAAAGCGUGAAUAAACAUGAAAAUGUGAACGCAACUGGUUCGCUUGCGACUGAAAUUAUGACCGCUGAGAUCCCGACGGUCAAUGGAGACGUAGUUGAAACUACUGGCGAAACAACAGUGGUAAUUACCGAAAUGCCUGCUUUGAAACUUGCCGAUGAUGCAGUAGAAAGUGCUAGAAAAUACGAAAGCAUGGAACUAUUGUCUGAGGAAAUUGAAAUGAAUGACAUUGAAAAAGUAUAUCAAACUGAUGAAGUGCUUCAAGAAAAUGGCAAAAAUGGAGAUGCUAUUAAGAAUCCUCUAGUAAAACUCAAUGAAGAUGUUGAUAUUUCUGCAGAUGUUUCAAAUGAAGGCGAUGAAACUGCACGGGAAGCUAUCAAUGCUAAUAAUACUAUAAAUGAGAACGUUGUUAAUGUUAAUGGUGCUGAAAUUUUGAGUGCUGUCGGAAAUCCAUCGCAGAAUGUUGAUGCAAAUGAAAUUGAAGAAACUGAAAAAGAACCCGUUGAUGUCGAAAUGAGAAACGAGAAAAAUUGAUAUUGGCGGAGCUUUUCAAGAUUUAUUUUCAUUCGAAAUAUUUUUAUAAAUUAUUUCUCCUAUUGUAUGAACGUAACGUAUUGUGUUCUUUUGAUGUAACUGCGCAUAAAUAGUCAGUUUUAAAGCGAAUAGAAAUAAUUUUUACGUUA